GGCUCAGGGGUUUGAGGCGGCGGUUGGGGAGGGGGGAUAGACGAGUUAAACCCUCGCCGUACCGUAGUUUAGCGGGAAUUGGGCAUUCUAGGCUUUUACAACGGACGGGGGAACCAAACGAGUGAACGGGUUCUGUGGCGACCGACUGCUCUUUAGCGAUCCAUUUAGCUGGGCGCUCCGCCUCCUCCGGUUUUCCCGCCUCUUUUUUUUUUUUUUUACUCCUUGCCUAGACGGCCAUUAAUGUGAGCUUUUCCCGGGGAAGAAGGAAAAGCCUUUUUUUUCCCCCUCCCCCUCGCAUUUGCUGUAAUAGAACAUCUAGGCUUGGGCCUCUUUUUUUUUUUUAUUCCCAACCCCCCUCCCUCAUUGAAUAACCCCCACCCACCAGAAAGCGACCUCCCGGGGGGGUUCUUUUUUCCGAAGGCAGACGUUCGCCCCCCACCUUCUAUCUCUAGUUGCUGUUUGGUGCGCCAAGGAAUCAUGUCUAGGCCGGUGAGGAACAGAAAAGUGGUUGAUUAUUCACAGUUUCAAGAUUCUGAUGAUGAAGAGUAUGGAAGAGAAUCUGCUCCGCCAGCCAAGAAAUCUCGGGCAUCCACAAGAGAGACGAGAGAGACUAAAGAGAAAAGGCGAUCUGGAAGAAACUCGCAAGAAGAGAGUGAAGAAUCUGAAGAAAAAGAUGUGAAGAAAACCAAAAAAGAGGAGCAUAAUUCAGGAGAGGACCUUGGCAGUGAUGAUGAAGUGGCAGCUGGAGAUGGAAAAGCUGACAGUGACUAUGAAAGUCCCAAAAAAAGCAAAAAGGCCAAAAAACCUAUACCAGAAAAGAAGCGAUCUUCCAAACCUAAAAAAAAAUCUGCUGCAGGUGACAGCGAUGAUGAGAAAGAACGUAAAACUGUACGCCAACAAAGACAAGCUGCAUCUAAGGCUGUUUCCAAGCAGAGAGAAAUGCUGAUAGGUGAAGGUGGAAGUGAGGAUGAAGAGCAGGAGGAAGAAGAGGAAGCACAGUUUUUGGAAAAAGAGUCUGGGAGUGAUGAUGAUUUCAUGGUUGAAGAUGAUGACGACAGUGAUUAUGGUCGAUCAAAGAAGAAGAAAAAGAUUGUGAAAAAAUCUAAACCUGAGAAAAGAGAGAAAAAAGUACCCAAGCCCCGACUAAAAGCUACAGUUACCCCUAGUCCAGCAAAGGCCAAAGGAAAGAGCCGACCUGCGGCCUCAAAGGCCUCCAAGGAGAAGUCUCCAUCACCUAAACCAGAAGAGGAGGAGGAGGAGGAGGAGGAAGAUGAUGAACCAGAGACACCACCACCAGAGAAGAAGGCAGCUGCAAGCCCUCAGCAAGAGAAAUCUGAUGAAGAAGCAUCAGAUGAAGAAGCUCAGUCUACAGAAGACUAAACCUUGUGUUUUUUUGGGGGGGUGGGUUGGGGGAGGCUGUGAGGGGAAUUGGGGAGAUUUUAUUAAAAAAAAUGAAAAAAAAAAAACCAAAAGUACAAAAGACAGAUGGGGUAUAGAACAUGAGGCUAUUUGCUUGACUUAUUCACUUCCAACUGUCUUCAUCUGUUUUAAGAGCAUCAUAUGCGCUUAUUUUUCCUUAAUUUUUUUUUUUUUUUUUUUUAAGGUGAUGCCAUUUUAUGGGGUGGUCAUUUGGUGGUUCCAUCACCUGUUUUGAAUAAAGCCAUGCACAUUUUUACUAUGUCUGCAUUACUAAGAUGUUUGUCUUGUGUGUUUUUCCCCUCUUGCUUUUUACAACACUGGCUAAACAAAGCCCUCGGUUAGCUUAUCAGAAAGCUUUGGUAUAUAGUAGCUUACAUGUGGUUAUUUCUCCCCUUCACUGAUAGAAGGCUCACCAAUUUGAAAACUAAAUUUUUGAUCAUUCUUCUGACUAUGCAUUCAGUAGUCUUUUGUCCCUUACAUGGUUGACUAAAGCCCAUACUUUGUAAUGGGGCUCCAUGUGCGAUUGGACCUUUCUUGCACAGUUGGGUUUGCAAGUAUGAAUGACUUUUUGUUGUGCUCUAAAACAAAUUCACUUCUCACUAUGCCCCCCCUAUUUAGGACAAGAGUGCUUUAAAAUUCCACAAAAUUCUCUAUCAAACAUUUCAGCUGGGUGUGUCAGUUUCUUUAUACACGUUUGUGCAUUUUUUUUUCUCUGAGCAUAUCUAAACCCCAAAGCAACGUCUCUAUAUAUUUCAGCUCGCCAGUCCUUACAAGUAGUUACUGCGUUUGCUAUCCUAAUCCAGGACUUUUUUUGAAUGGUAAUCUGCUAAUGAAACAUUUUAACUAAUGUUAACUAAAUGGACUUCAAAAAUCUGCUUUUUUUUUAUUAUUUUCAUUUUCAUUACGUACUGAAUUUAUGGGACUAGCAGUUUACAUGAAAUGCAUUUCUGGCAAGGUCAAUAGUUAUAUUCUGUACAUGUGCAAAAUUAUUUUUGCCUGGAUAAAACUGAUGCAGCCACAACGUCCAAGAACUGGUGGGCUGAAAUACAUUUUUGGAGGGCAUAAAGUAUGCUUUUCACAGCUCUGUGCAGUACAGUGCUGAUGAAUUAUAUAUAUAUUUUUUUUAAGUCUUUAUUUGGGCUUAUAUUGACCCUUUCUGCACACCUGUUUCUCUAGUCACAUGCUUUAGCAAUGAUGUGAAGGUAUUGACUGAAGAUUUGUAUAUGAAGUCUGAAAACUGUCAGAAUAACUGAUGUAAGCAAACUUGUAACUUUGUUGGAAGCCAUUUGAUAAAAUUGAAAGUUAAUGGUUA